AUGGGCAAAAUCGUGUCCAGCGCUUUGCCGUGUUGGCUGAGCGUGUGGCUGAUUUGCCAACAUCUUGUCAGUGGAGACACAUGUUCAAACGGUGAUCGCAAUCAGGCCGAGGGAGCAUCGAUGCUCUCCGCCAAGACGACGAAGGGUCGCAUGGUGGGAGUCAGCUCUGAGAUCAAUGAGUCCCUCCCGGAACUGCUUACCGACAGCUUGUUGCGGGAUCUGAAUGCGUCAGAGGACUUUCCUGAUGCAGAAGCAAACAGCUCAAACAGCUCGGACCCUCAACACCGCCACGGACUGGGGUCUCUGUCGAAGCCCUUCACUUUCCUCUAUGCCAAGGCAAGGGCAUGCGUCGCUGAGCUAGAAACGGCCGUCGAGUUGCAGAAUAUGGAGAUCAAGGCUCUCACCAAGCUGCUCGAAGAGAAGUCGCAGCAGAUGGCCGGUCUGAUGACCGCGGUACAACUCCAUAUCCAGCAACCUGAUCACAAGCAUGACCCAACGCAGCUGAAGCAGCACGUCACGAAGGCCGAGACCAACGAACGAUCUGCUCACCAGAAGCACCGGCAGAAGGCAGGUCAGUGGACAUGCUUCGAUCCAUCCUUGGCAAGCACGCGCACCAGCAUGAGCAUGGCUUUACCGAACCUGCUCCCCCGCUCUGACGUCCGGGAGCUGGAUCAUGGGGUGGCAGCCAAAGCCUUUGAUGCUGUUAGUGACGCCUACAACUCGGCGACGGACCAGGUGUCCUUUGUUGCCAAUACGGUCAUUGACACGGUCGAAAUGGCCAUGGCCAUUCUGACGCAGGGCUUUGACUUCGGAGCCAGUUGUCCAAUUUCAGAUUCGCCCUCGGUCGAUGCAAACCCCGACAGGGUGAAGAUCAACUUUGGGAGGCAAAAGUGCCAGGCCACGUUGGUCGGCCAGACCAUCACACUCUUUGACUUCAAUUUCGGGGAGAUGUCCUUCGAUUGGCCCGGGCCUCUCGCCACAAUCGCGAAGUUGGGCUUCAGCAUUGCUGACUGCAUCAAACAGAGUGUCAAAGAGGGAGUUUCCUUGGAUUCCCUUUCUUGCUUCGCGAAGGUGAUAGGUAACACCAUGCUGGAGGUUGUACCACCAUUGAGCUUCCUGACGCAGAUGCAGACUAUGAUGGAGGACCACUGCUUAAACCGUUAA